CGCUCCCCUUCUUCCACACCCAAAGCUUCUCUCUGUUUCUCUCGAGCCUCCUCUGCUUUCUUCUUCUUCUUCUUCUUCUUCUCUCUCUCUCUCUCUCUGUGUUGUUUUGAGUGUUAUGGCUAAGGAAGGGGAGGUGCCAGAGCAUGGCUCAUUCUCGGCCAAGGACUACCACGACCCACCUCCGGCGCCGCUUUUCGACGCCGUGGAGGUCUGUAAGUGGUCCUUCUACAGGGCUUUGAUAGCCGAGUUUAUAGCCACCAUGCUCUUUUUAUACGUCACAGUGCUCACUGUGAUAGGCUACAAGAGCCAGAUUGACGUCGAUAAUGGCGGGGAAGCCUGCGGCGGUGUUGGGCUUCUCGGCGUCGCUUGGGCAUUCGGCGGCAUGAUCUUUAUUCUUGUUUACUGCACUGCUGGGAUUUCAGGGGGUCACAUUAACCCGGCGGUGACGUUCGGGCUGUUUUUGGCACGGAAGGUGUCGAUGGUGCGGGCGGUGAGCUACAUGGUGGCUCAGUGCCUGGGAGCCAUUUGCGGAGUUGCGCUAGUGAAGGCCUUUAAUAAGGCCCACUACUUAAGGUAUGGCGGUGGAGCCAACACGCUGUCUGUUGGGUACAGCACAGGCGUUGGAUUGGGCGCCGAGAUCAUAGGGACCUUCGUGCUUGUCUACACCGUCUUCUCUGCCACCGAUCCCAAGAGGAAUGCUAGAGACUCCUACGUUCCGGUUUUGGCACCGCUCCCAAUUGGGUUUGCCGUCUUCAUGGUUCACUUGGCCACGAUCCCGAUCACCGGCACUGGUAUCAACCCUGCUAGGAGCCUCGGAGCCGCCCUUAUCUACGACAAGAAAGAGGCCUGGGAUGACCAAUGGCUCUUUUGGGCUGGACCAUUUAUUGGUGCAGCUAUUGCAGCUUUCUACCACCAAUACAUAUUGAGAGCAGGUGUUGCCAAAGCUCUUGGGUCAUUCAGGAGCCACCACAAUGUUUGAUUAGAAGUAGGAUUUAUAAUAGUAGUUCAAGAACGAAGAUUAAUGGGGGAUUGAUUGCUUAUCCUUUGGCUCUCUUCAUUUCCUUCACGUGAGAGGGGUUGAGGAUCAUGAUAUUGUGUAGAUGAAAAGUCUGUCCCUUUGAGAAAAAGGGUGCUUUUUUCUGUUCCUCUUUGUCCUUCUAUCCACUUGCCUUUCCAUUUACUUCCAUGUUGUCUUUUUCCCACUUGUCUCUUCGGUUCUUUGUAGUACUCAUUGCUUUCUUUAAGUAACUUUCUCAAGUGUGGGUCACUUCCUGCUUU